AUGUUUUUAGAACACCUGUCCCGGCGAGUGCUGGAGGACAUUAGAGAAGCGAUGGAGGCUCAGAUCCCCUCGAAGAUGUUGAGAGCGCCCUCAGGAGGAUGGGAAAAGGGAAGGUGCCCGGGAUGGAUGGCCGGCAGAGUUUUACCUGAAGUUUUGGGGGAAACUUGGUCCAGUAGUCCUUGAAGUCUUGAAGGCCAUCCUCGAGAUGGGGGUCCCAAGGGGAUUGAUGGCCGUAGGUGUGCUGUCACUUCUUUACAAGAAGGGGGACACAACAGACCUUGGCAACUGGUGGCCGUUGACCAUGCUGUGCGUAGAUUAUAAGAUGCUUGCGAAGGUUCUAGCAGACCGGUUGCGCACAGCCCUUCCCUACGUCGUCCAUGAGGAUCAGACGUGUGGGAUAGAGGGCCGCUCUAUUAGGUGGAACCUGAGUUUGAUUAGGGACUCCAUCGCUUGGGUAGAGGAUAGAGGGCUGCCAUUAAUGGUAGCAGCACUUGAACAGGCUAAAGCCUUUGAUCGAGUGAAUAGAUAUUUUCUUUUCAGGGUGUUAGGUAGGUUAGGUUUUGGGGAGAAGUAUAUAGGGUGGUUCCGUGCUUUAUACGUCGGAGCAGGGUGCCGGGUUAAUGUAAACGGUCACAUAGGUGACGUUUUUGACCUCACGUCGGGGGUCAGGCAGGGGUGCCCGCUCUCGGCACUCCUCUUCGUUCUGUACAUGGAGCCUGUGGGGGCUGCCAUUAGGGCAGACACAGGGGUGGAGGGCUUGCUUAUCCCUGGGAGCGGUGGGCUGCACGUUAAGAUGACGCAGUACGCCGACGACACUUCCUUGUUACUAUGCAAGGACUCGUGCCUGACUAGGUCCCUUGCCAUCAUUGGGGAAUUCACCCGAGCGUUGGGAGUGGUUCUCAAUCACGCUAAGUCUUCUGUUAAGUUUUUCGGAAGAUAGCGUGGGAGGACAGAUGUGCCUGGGGGGUUAUCUCUCUGUAUCGGGGCCCUGAAGAUUCUCAGGGUCUUGUUUGAGACCUCCGGCUCAGCAACGCUGAACUGGAACAGGAGCAUCGCAGUGGUACAGAGGAAGCUGGGGAUGUGGAGGGCUAGGUCGUUUUCCUAUAUAGGCAAGGUCCUGGUCCUCAAGGUGGAUGUGUUGCUGUCUCUUUUGUAUAUGGCGUACGUCUACCCAUUGCCAGCUAGUCUGAGGAGUGGCAGGCUUGAGCGUGUCGCGAGGGUUCGCAUGCUCUGUCCCAUCGGGGAGGGAGGUAGGGGGGUACCACAUUUCCCACUCAAGCUGGACUCGAUUUUUUUUUCUUUUUUGUUGACAGAGCUGGCUCCUCCGGUGAUACACCCGUCUGGUUACUUCCUGCGGGUGUUCUCUCUUACCAGGCGAGAAGCAUAAUGGUGUGGUCUAACACGGGUCCUUGCACGGAACAGCUGCCGUGGCACUUUGGCUAUGCGGCCAAGUGGCUGCGUGCGCACCCCGAGGUUGAAGUUGCCCGAUUAGGUUUAGAUCACAGGCACCUGUACGAGUAGGUGAGACAGGGAUUGUGUCCAGGGCCCGUAGUGAGUAUCCCGGCUGUGGUCUGGGAAGGAGUGCAGGUGCGUGGUCUGGACAACGGGCUCAAGGACCUGGAUUGGUUGAGCCUCCAUAAGUGCUUGCCCAUGUGUUCCAUCAUGUACGGGCGUGGUAUGACACGAUCCCCCACCUGCCCAAGACCAACUUGUGGCGGGGAGGAGACAUUGCGCCAUGUUUUUUGGGGCUGUGCUUUCGCCGGGGUGGUAUGGGCUAGGGCAAAGGUGUUGAUAGGCAGGGUGAGGGGGGAUUUUGUUGUGACGUGGGCUAGGGUAGAGAGAGGUGUAGGGAAAGCGAGGGGGACGGUUAGGGACAGGUUUCUGCUCUGGCUUCACAUAAGCCUCUUUAAACGGGAGUUGUGGGAAGCUAGGCAGAAAAUGGAAAGGACAGGGAGAGAAGGGGAUGUGGAUGGGAUAGUGAGGAGGGUGGAGCAGCAUUUGAGGGGGAGAAUGAAGAGAGAGGAGAGGAAGUGGGGGCAGCAUGCUGCUCGGGAGAGGUGGAAGGGGGGUUUAGAGUUAGUGUAG